GGCUCCACCAUUGUUUUAACUCUUGAGUAGAUUUUUUUUUUUUUUCAAUUGUCGAGAUUUUACUCCCUGUGGAACAGUCUCCCCUGCUCCCGCAUCAAAAAUGAUUCAGUUAUGAUGUAUUGUCUUCUGUGAACCAGUAAGUAGGCACCGGUACAGUACUGUCCCCAGCCCAGGUCAAUGGUAAGAGUCCAGUCCGUUUCGAUAGAAAUAAAUUGUGUCGUUAGAAAGUAACAAUUCCGGCACUCCAGGUGAUUAUGACCUUUAUUAGAGGCCUUUGUUAUCUCUUUUACCGGCUGUGUUUCAUGAUGGAACAGUCGCCCCUGUUUAAAUAAAAGUACAGUAAACUCGCCUUUGAAUACAUGCUGUAAUUACGUUGGUUGCCCACUAGGUGGGAUUAUGAUGCAAGUGUCGUUUUUGAUGGUUUUGUUAGCAUAACGUGCUGUUUUGUUUGACCAGUGUUUCUACAAACGUCUUUUUUGCUAGUAUUCCCAAAUAUUUUAUCUGUCAGUGUGUUUCACGAGUCGCGUAUAAACCAUUUAAUUUUUUAAAGUAUACAGUAUUUCACCACGCACCGACUUGGCUUUGAGUCCAACAAUUAGCACAAGCUGCCUUUAAAGUUCACUGCUUUAUUAUUUUUGGUUCUUUUCCGAUCGAACAAAUUGCGACAAAAUAACAAUUCAACAUAAAAUACCGGAAGGCAUAGUUAGAAUAAACUAACCAAUUCAUUAGGACCACUUGGCUAAAUUAAAAGCAUGGGUCAAUUUUGUCCAUAUCAAACAUAUACUUUGGAAAAACAGCACUCCAAACAAACAAGCACAAUAAACAUAUUACGGUAAUUUCCAAAACCAGGCAUAUUAUUGGCAGUACGUGUACUCAAUGAAAUGUCCAUAGUGUGUGCUUCCAUCACAAUACAGGAAAUGGCUGCUUUUUUCUAAAUAAUCAUCUACACUACUUCUUAAGCGCCCCUCGUAACAAUACUCCACAGUUUGAUUAAAUGUGGCUCUAAUAAAGUAAACAAUCUUUGAUUCAGCAGCCCUCACGUCAGCAGGUCAUCCUCCCGAAACCUCAUUAAAUCAAUUAAUUACGAUGAGAACGGAGGGGGUGGCAUGGCGGCUGUCGUGACGGUGAUUCAUGUCUUUGUCCAAAGUCAGUGUUUUCUUACAAGGUUCCUGCAGCUGAUCCUUCGUGGUGCACUGCGGUUUAAGUCGCAUGUAAGUGUCACGGCCGUGUCUCCUUAUUCGAGUCCCACUGGCACCAUAGCGCCUUUGACGUGUUUGUGACUGCCAAAGGACAGCAGUCCUUUAUGACUACAUUUUACACAAAUACACCAUCUCUAUCGAACACACAGCCUGGAAAACCUGCCUGAUAUUGUCUUAUUUUGCAAGUCGACACACUGUGGAGUUCAUACAAGCAAUCAUGAAUGUGGAUAAGUUUCACACCUUGCCAUUUCUGCCCGCCAACCACUCAGGUGCCGGGAAGAGAGACGUGGCCACCUUUAUGGAAAGCUGCGGUCUGAGGAAAGCUGAUACUAAGGUCUUGAGAAAUGGAGCCCUACUCACAAAGACGCCUUAUGACGUCAUCCCAAAUGUUGGUGAAGCCAAACAGCCGGCAGCUGAGACUAUGUCAUCUAAAAAGGGGGUCCAUACCAAACCAGAAGAAGACAAAGUCGCUGACAUGACCCUGAAGGUCUCCCCUGCCAAAAGGAGCAAACGAAAGGUCACCCCUAAACAAGAGGAGCAGAAAGUUGAAGCCAAAGAGGUGUCAGUGAAAGUCCCACAGCCUAAAAGAACAAAACGAAAGGCCAGCACAAAACCGGAGUCUCUCACAAAGGAGCAGGGAGUCAACACCAACGAGGUCUCAGUGAAGGCGUUGCCUGCUAAAAGAACCAAACGCAACACAAACAACACAAAACCAGAGACCGUCAUAAGAGACCCCAAGGUUGACACCACCGAGCUGUCUGUCAAGGCUCUGCUGGCUAAAGUCCUAAACAGCAAGUACAGCGCCAAACCCGAGACCGCCGCAAAGAAGCCGCAGGUGGAAGUCACGGAAGUGUCCAUGAAAGCUCUGCUGGCAAAACUGACCAACAAGAGGAAGUCGAGCACGAAACUAGAAGCCAAAAAGCCCACACAAACCAGAAAGCCCCCCACGAAGGUAGCUGAGAAGACUGGCAACCUUCCACCAUGUUCCUGUUGCCCUACAACCUCGCAACAAGCCGAUGCCACCAGAACAUUGUUUGUGCAGAAGUAUCAACAGCUAGAGAAGCUUGGGGAAGGAGGCUUUGGAUCUGUUUAUGCGGGUUACAGGAAAAGCGACUGUUUCCCGGUGGCCAUUAAAUACAUUCCCAUAGAAAAAGUAGAAAGUGUUUUUUUGUACAUCAACGGAAAAGUCCAGAAGGUGCCCUUGGAGGCUUGGCUCAUGCUGCAAGCGUCCUCCUUAAAAAAUCCAGACGGGACAUCUGCAGUCGUCCUAUUAUUGGACGCGUAUGAUCUGGAGCAAGAGCUAGUCCUGGUCAUGGAGAGGCCUGUACCAUCUGUGGACCUGUUCACAUAUAGGACCAAAUAUAAGCUAGGUCCACUGGAGGAGUACGAGGCGAAGAACAUCAUGAAGCAGCUGGUGGACACUGCGAUCAAAAUGCAUGCCGUAAACGUUUUCCAUCGGGACUUGAAGCAACGAAAUAUUCUGCUGGAGGCCACCUUCAGUCUCCCUCGAGUGCGUGUUAUAGACUUUGGCUGCAGCUGUUUCGUCAACGAGGAACCGUAUCAAGAAUAUGCUGGAACCUUACGUUAUGCUCCUCCAGAGUACGUCUUCAAGCGUCCAUACAAGGCUGGACCAGCCACGGUAUGGCAACUGGGCGCGCUGCUAUUUGAGUUGCUGGAUGGAACCGAACGCUUCGACACACUCAUGUUCCUCUUCAAAGGCCUUACAUUAAACCGGGUACUGUCCCAAGAUUGCAAGGACUUCUUGUGGAUAUGCUUGACUUCAGACAUGGAACAGCGAGCCACCUUGGAGCAGAUGCAGUGGCAUCCAUGGCUCCUCUGAUUCUGAACACACUUCCUCAAACAACUGACGACCACCCACGGCACCCUACUGGACUUCUCUUCUACUUCUCUGAUGUGUGGUUUUGUAGAUCUACUCACUGGCCGUUUAAGACAGCUCUUGAGCUCGUCUGAAGGACUACACUUUCACUGUGACACCCUACAAUACACCUGCAGCUGGUUCUGCCCCUAGAACCAGCCCCUUCUUGAUAACGCCCUCGCCUCCUCUCCCCUUCUCCCCCCCGCCUGGCCCCCUCAAAG